UACUCGACCCAUGACCUCGAAAGGCAGUCGUUAUAUGCACAAACGUAACGUGGAAGAUUUGGGACAAUCUCUUUGUAGAUUUCUGUAGGAAAUUACAGAAUGAACAGACGUCUAGAGAUCUACGGAAUGUAUUAGUGUUCCUGGUAAUAAACGAAAUCCCACUUGUGUUUUAAGCUGCAUAUCAUCAUUGAAAGCCUGCAACAGCUACAAUGAGUGUCACAAAUAAAAGCAACAAGAAAAAGGUUCAACCAGAGGUCAAACAAACGAGAAGCAACCGACAAAAGCAUCUGAGAGUCAACUAUAACGAAGCAUUUGCCUGUGAGAUUUGUGAAAAGAAAUUCACACGGAAACGUCAACUUCAGCUUCACGGGAGGGUCCACGCGACUGAGAAACCAUUUGCUUGUGACUUUUGUGGCAAACGCUUCUUAUUUAAAUGUCUUCUCCAAGAGCAUCAGAGGGUCCACACUAAAGAGAAACCAUUUGAUUGUGACAUUUGUUGUAAGAGCUUCGCAAGAAAAUUUUCACUAAAAAUACAUCAGAGGGCCCACGCUAAUGGGAAACCAUUUGUUUGUGAGACAUGUGGCAAAUGCUUCUCUCAGCGUAUCCUUCUAGAGUCACAUAAGAGGGUCCACACGGGUGAGAAGCCAUUCCUUUGUAACAUUUGUGGCAAGGGCUUCUCAUCUAGAGCUGGCCUGCGGGCACAUAAACCGAUCCACACUAAUGAGAAGCCAUUUGUUUGUGACAUUUGUGGUAAGGGAUUUGCAUGGAGAAAUAGCCUACAGAUACAUCAGCAGGUCCACACUGAUGAGAAACCGUUUGUUUGUGACAUUUGUGGUAAGGGCUUCGCAUGGACGAGUAGCCUACCAAUACAUAAGCGACUCGUCCAUACUAAUGAGAAGCCAUUUGUUUGUGAGACAUGCGGCAAACACUUCUCACAGAAAUGUCGCCUACGAAGUCAUCAGAUGAUCCACCAAAAUGAGAAACCAUUUGUUUGUGACAUUUGUGGCAAAGACUUCAGAUACAGUAAUAGACUACGGGAACAUCAGUGGGUCCACACUGAUGAAAAACCAUUUGUUUGUGAUAUUUGUGGCAGGGGGUUCUUGCAGAAAAGUAUUCUGAAACAACAUCAAUCAGUCCACACCAUAAAUGAGAAACCAUUCCUUUGCGAUAUUUGUGGUGCAGUCUUCUCAAGGAAAGGUGGCCUUCAAAUACAUCAGAGCGCGGUCCACACACAUGAAAAACCGUUUGUUUGUGAAAUCUGUGGCAAAUGCUUCUUACAAAGCGGUCAUCUUAAACGGCAUCACAGGGUCCACACUAAGGAGAAACCGUACGUUUGUGAUAUUUGUGACAAAGGCUUCUCAACUAGUGGCGGCCGAAUCAAACAUCAGCGGAUCCACACCAAUGAGAAACCGUACGUUUGCGACACAUGUGGCAAAGGCUUCUCAACUAGUGGCAGCCUACGUCUACAUCAGCGGAUCCACACUAAUGAGAAACCAUUUGAUUGUAACAUCUGUGGUAAGGCCUUCUCAAGAAAAAUCUUGCUCCGAAACCACCAGCGGGUCCAUACUAAUCCCGACUAAUGACAGACCAUUAAUGUCUGUGAAAUUUGUGACAAAGGCUACUAGUGGCAGCCUACGUAGACAUCGGCGGAUCACACAGUCUUAUGAGAAACCAUUUGAUUGUGACACCAUUUGAUAGUGACAAUUGUGGUAAGGUCUCAAGAAAAUUCUUGCUCCUAAACCAUCAGCGGAUGUAUAUUAAUCCCGACUCAUGACAGACCAUACCUAUAUUAUCUAUGUUGGUUACACAUUCUACGUUUGGCAUUCCGUUAUAUAUAGGCCUAUAUUUUGUUUGCAUUUUUUUAUACUCACUGUACAGGACCGUGGAUAAUGGGUGAUACUCAGACUAGUCUCAGCCAAGGCGGAGUCAUCUUUACUAAAUCCUGACAGCAUUUCAUUCCCCAAUUAGGACUAUAAGUUUGAUUGGUCAAUUCGAAUGCAGUGUUUUGUAACACAACAAACGGCCGGGCAUAGAUUUAUCAAACCCAUAGCAAGCUUGGCGAGUAUCCGUAUAAUAUAUAGCGCGCGACCACAGCCUUUGUUUGCAGUGUCUUGUUUUUUUUUUAUCACGUCUAUGACGCGAUAACGGGUGAAUUACUGAAAACCCGAUAUAGAAAGCGCCCGCGGACUCUUUUUGAUUGGUCGAAAUCUAGAGGUCAAGAGGCGAUUGUCUUCAAUCAGCGAAUCUGCUCACAUGUCAUAUACCAUGGCUCUUCGCCAUGAUCUAUUACAUUUAUAUCGAGAGGGGCCUUCGUGAUAGAAUGGAUAGCGUGUCCAGCUUGGGAGAGAAAUUUUGUCAUGGAAUUGCUUUUCUUUUUACUUAGUUGUUUGUCAAAUGUAUAUUAUUAUUAUGCUUUCAAGAGUUUUGAUUGAUUUUAAUGGUUCUGACGAUUACUUUUAGAAAGUUCAUGAGCAGUCUAAUGUUUGACUUGGUUCAAAAUUCUCUAACUGGUAAAGUACAUGAGUGAUUUGAAUGAUUCUUGUACAUGUACUAAAGAAAGUUUUGUUUAUAUUGCACUGUAAUAUUUCAUGGUUUUCCUUGCAGAAUAAAUAUUUUGAUUUGGUUUUUUUUUUUUUUUAUGUAGAUGAUUGUAAGUCUGGACGUUUUAUCAAAUAGUUUCUUUUCAUAAAUAUGGUUUGCUUGGAAAUUGAAAUAUCGUU